AUGGCUGUAGAUGGAUAUGACAAGAAGAGUAACCCCACUCACUCCCGAGUCGUCUCCGACUCCAGAACCACCCCAGUAGAAGCAAGGACAGUUCCAGGUCCUUCCAUAAAUAUUACCCCAGUAACUCCCCCUGCAAUCUUUGCAAAUAUAUCUCAACUUCGUGAUGCAGCAAAACGACUUCCAUCCUCCACCCCUGGAGGGAGUCCAGGUUCAGUUUUUGGACAAUACAGCAUCAUGUUGAUCGUGCAUGCCUUAUCAUUAUAUGCAAUGCCCGCAGAUGCAUGGGAGGGGGAAAUUAAUCCAUGGCUUGACCAGCACUUCGGAGUUUGGGCUAUGGGAUGGCCAGGGGCUAUUCAGAAGUUGGCAAAUCAGAUUUGGGUCGGUGCUCACAGCCUCAAUGGCUUUAUAGAAAUUCUCCAGUGGCUAGUAGGCAAUGGCUACACCAUGGACGCUGUAACAGGUCUAUCCAACUAG